AUGUCCACCUCCAAGACCGGCAAGCACGGUCACGCCAAGGUUCACCUUGUCGCCAUCGACAUCUUCACCGGCAAGAAGUACGAAGAUCUGUCCCCCUCCACCCACAACAUGGACGUCCCCAACGUCUCCCGCAAGGAGUACCAGCUCCUCGAUGUUACCGACGACGGUUUCCUUUCUCUCAUGGACGACAACGGAGACACCAAGGACGAUGUCAAGGUCCCCGAGGGUGAGGUUGGUGACCGUAUCAACAAGAUGUUCACCGACGAGGGCAAGGACUGCAACGUCAUCAUCCUCACCUCCAUGGGCGAGCAGAUGUGCAUGGAAGUCAAGGAGGCUCCCAAAUAA